GAGGUUGCGUUCAGGAGGUGUUCCGCUUUCCCUGAAAUUCUUUACUGAUCCGACUUGUUAGAAUUCAAGAUGGCUGCUUCAGGUUGUAGGUGAGGGCUAUUUCCUCCUGCGCAUGAAGCUCUCUUGCGGCUGAAGUCUUUCACUGCUGCCUCCUUCCGUCUGCGUCUGUCAUUACAACAUGUCCUCCUCAUCCUCCUGCUCUUCCUCGGGGGAGACCAGCCCCGAAGAUGUGCCCCGCGGAGGGGGCACCAUCCGCGUCUACCUCCCCAACAAGCAGCGGACAGUGGUGAACGUCCGGCCGGGGCAGACCGUUUAUGACAGCUUAGAUAAGGCCCUAAAAACGCGUGGCCUGAGCCAGGACUGCUGUGCUGUGUUUCGACUCCUGGAGGGUCGUAAGAGGCUGACUGAAUGGAACACAGACAUCACCCCACUGGUAGGGGAAGAACUGCUGGUGGAAGUGCUUGACGAUGUCCCUCUCACCAUGCACAACUAUGUCCGGAAAACAUUCUUCAAGUUAGCAUAUUGUGACUUUUGUCACAAGUUUCUGUUCAACGGGUUCAGAUGUCAGACAUGUGGCUACAAGUUUCACCAACACUGCAGCAGCAAAGUCCCGACAGUCUGUGUGGACAUGGAUACGAUGACAAAACGAUCAAUCCCCAACAAUUACCCGGACAGCAAUUACCCAGACGACUGCCCCCAAAUACCUAUACUGAUAAUGCCAGACGGCUCCAUACCAGGAAAUGAUUCAGCCUUAACACCUGACCCUGGCGGGCUGAACCUCCUGUCCCCCACCUCCGCCUUCCGCUUCCCCCUACCCGGGGCCGACGGCCAGUCCCUGCAGCGGCACCGCUCCACCUCCACACCCAAUGUCCACAUGGUCAGCACGGUGGGGCCCGCUGGCACCAGCAUCAUAGAGGAUGCAAUAAAAAACAGCACAAUGGGACCAGAGACGUCCCCAAAGCCCUCCACCAGCCCCCCUUCCAUGGGCUCUCCUGGCCGACGACCCCCCAAAUCCCCCUCAGAGCACAAGGAGCGCAAACCCUCCUCAUCUGACGACAAAAAGAAAGUGCACCGCGGAGGCUACAGGGACUCCAGCUACUACUGGGAGGUGCAGUCGCGGGAGGUGAACAUCCAGAAGAGGAUCGGAGCGGGCUCCUUCGGGACGGUCUUCAAGGGCAAGUGGCACGGCGACGUGGCCAUCAAGAUCCUCAAGGUGACAGAACCCACCCCCGAGCAGCUACAGGCCUUCAAGAACGAGAUGCAGGUCUUACGAAAGACGCGCCAUGUCAACAUCCUGCUGUUCAUGGGCUUCAUGACGAGGCCCCACUUCGCCAUCAUUACGCAGUGGUGCGAGGGCAGCAGCCUCUACCGCCACCUGCACGUCAUCGAGACCAAGUUCGACACCAUGCGCCGCAUCGACGUGGCGCGCCAGACGGCACAGGGCAUGGAUUAUUUACAUGCCAAGAAUAUAAUUCAUCGGGACCUGAAAUCAAACAACAUCUUCCUGCACGAGGGCUGGACGGUGAAGAUCGGCGACUUCGGCCUGGCCACAGUGAAGUCCCGCUGGAGUGGGUCGCAGCAGGUGGAGCAGCCCAGCGGCUCCAUCCUGUGGAUGGCUCCUGAGGUGAUCCGGAUGCAGGACACCAACCCCUACACCUUCCAGUCAGAUGUCUAUGGCUACGGAGUGGUCCUGUUUGAGCUCAUGUCCAGCACGCUGCCUUAUUCCAACAUCAACAAUCGGGAUCAGAUCAUCUUCAUGGUGGGCCGAGGAUACCUGUCGCCAGAUCUCAGUAAACUCUCAGCGAACUGCCCCAAGUCUAUGAAGAGGCUCAUCAUCGACUGUCUCAAAUUCAAGCGUGACGAGCGGCCCCUAUUCCCACAGAUCCUGGUGGCCAUUGAGCAGGUCCAGGAGCUGUUGCCAAAAAUCGAGAGGAGUGCCUCGGAGCCUUCCCUGCACCGGGCUGUGCACGCCGAGGACCUGAACCCGCUGCUGUUCCACACCACCAGGCUCAUGCCCUUGUGAGGGCACUAUGCCACACCAUGGCCAGAGGGUGCCAGUGAGAGAGAGAGAGAAAGAGAUGGAGAGAGAGAGAGAGAGAGAGAAAGAGAAACAGGGAGAAAGAGAACAAGCAACUUCCCAGCCCCUCUAGUUCCUUUUGGAGCCUGACUGCUGCUGCACAUAUCCCCCCCCCCCUUUGAGCUGCACCAGGGUGUUGGCCUCAAGAAACACACAUAUACACACAUGCACAUACGUUUGGGAAUACACAUGCACACAGAGCCCUUUGCAGUUCUCAAAGACACAUCUGGCCAAACUCCAUAUGUUUUAGCGGGGGAUUCCUAGGUGCUGCAGUACUACAGCAGGCUUCUAUGGCGUAAUGCUCCAGAUCAGAGAGCUGGGUUAGGUUGGCUAGAGGCAAGCGAUCUUGUGGCGCUCCCUGGAAUUUGAUGGUGUUGUGCUGGCGUCAUGCUGGCCAAGUUGUUUAAAGUCCCCCCCCUCCCUUUUUAUCUGUUGUUUUGGAAAAUACUUCUUGAGAGAAGACGGAAACAUGUGUCCAGAAACCCCACUAAAAACUUCAGGGACAACUCGAGUGUUUUCGUAAGUGGUGUUCAGUGAUUUAAUUUCAGUUCCUGGCUGGCUUGCUGAUUCGAGUUUGUUUGUUUGUUUUUGUCCUUAUUUUGUUACUUUUAUACAGCAGAAUGUAAAUAUAUCAGUCAAGAGUUUUAUUUAGUCCUUUAACAUCAGCUAGGUUUUUAACAUCAAUCAGUUUUUACAUAAUCAUGUCAUUCUGAGCUGCCGUGUUCUCUUCUUUGCUCAAGUGCACAUGUGUACGAAUCCCUCCCCACUUUUUUUCGACCAGAUAGAACAACAGUGUUGUUCUUAACUUUUGUUUCUGUUUUCAUUCCAUUUCAAGACCAAUUUUAUCCCUAUCAUUAUGAGCUGCUAAUUUUGGAACAGCGCUGUGGCUACACUUCAAAAGUUAUUGUGAGAGAGAGCUGGUCUGGUUAGAGACAUUGUUAAUUGCACCCCUGGGUCUUGGCGUGUUCGAGCAACCAAGCUAAUGGUGAUGGCUAAUACUCCUUUGUCGCUAGACAACCAGAAACACAUAAAUUGUGGGCUUUGGGCCUGUGAAGUUGAAAAAGUCUCCAUGCUCUCUUGAUUUCAGAGCUGAACUGAUGAACAGUUCAACAUUGUGGGUUUUUGUGAGUGCCUCAAUGAAUUGAAAGUGCCCAUUGCACAGAAUACAUCUGAUUUGCCCAGAAUCAAGGCAGCUUUGCGGCACAUAGCACAACUAUAUUUGGUCCGUGGAAUGAAUAAGAAUAUUUUGAUGCAUUAUGCAAAGUAAACAUUUUAUUUUCUUUGUUGUCUCACUUCUCUGGCGUUUGCAAUUUCAAGCUUUUGUCCUUCCUCUUUGUGCAAUAAAAGUAUUGCUUUCGGUCAGAUACAAUAAGGAUAAUCUAUCCUUAGUUCUCUUUGCUCUUGGGUGCUCCUUGUUGGUGCCCCCCACCCAAUCCCAAUCCUCCCCCACCUUUUUUAUGCAGCCCUUGCCACUUAAUCUACUAAACCCCUCUUCUACUGCACUUUUUACCCCCCCCAACUUUGCACAAAUAGGCUGACACCAGACAUAAUUUCACUGCAUUUCUUACUUCCAGUAACUAUAUGCAUGUGACAAUAAACUUCCUUGUACCUUGUACCUUGUACCUUUGUCAUAAAGGCAAAAAAAAAUGCCUUUUUGAUCUUGUUUAAUCUCCCUGGAAACCAGUAAUAACCUGAAUGGAGUAUUGGACCAUGUCAGAUCUUAGUGUGCUUCUUGUCAGUUGUGGUGGGUUUUCUGUUUCCAUUUUAUGCCUAGCAUUUACUAUUUGAGACUGCACAUGAUGCAGACAAGAUAAGAACUUGCAUCUGACCAGAGCAAUAACAUGUUCUCGAGUGAACAUCGGUGCAGAGAAACAACAGAGGAGGGAGAAAAGACAACUGUUUGAAGUUGGACCUCACACAGUGAACAAGCCAUCUCUUUUAAAAAAAAAAGAGACAAAAGGCAUUCCAUAAACCACACUGACGUCCAUGCAUUUCUAUCUCUUCCAAGUGCGCGUCUUGUCGAAGCUUAGUUCUGAGGUCCUCGCAGAGAGCUGUGGAGAUGAGGUCGGGGAGACCCGCAAUGAGACUCUGGUGACCUAGAAUGAGAGAAGAGUAGCAGCAGCAGGACAGCACCUCACCCUCUGAUGCUCCCUCCCACCCUUCUCAGCCAGCAGAAACAGCUGCAGUGGCUGCUGGGCCGUGCAGAGAUGCUGCUAGCGGUGUAGGUUCCAUGGCUGCUGAUGCAGCUGAAAGCAAGCUGCAUGGCUUGCAGUGAUCACGGCUGAUUUUGGUUCUGCAUGUUGCAAUAUCUGAUUGGCUGAAUGUCUUUGGUUUUCUCUUUCAUAAUUUUUUUUUUAAGUUACACAGUGUACUGGCACCUUGCAUCACACACAAAAAAAAGACCACUUAUACUGUAAGCACAUCGUUGGCAUAAAGAAUGCACCAGCACAUACAAAUAGCCGUUUUGGCACGUUCUCUCUAACAAAGUGGCAUGGUGUUAAUGAUUGUUUUAAAUUACUUCUCUUUAACUGUAAAAUGGAAGUAUGUCUCGUGGGUUUUGUGCUUGGUUUAAGACUAUGUGGGGUCUAAAGUUAUUUGUUUAAAGUGCUUUUGAUUAUUCCUUGUUUGGCUAAUGGUUACAAGGUUGCUUCUGUUGACAUUUCAGUGUAAGUAUGUGAUUGAGCAGUUUCUGUUCUCCUGUGUGCAUAGGGCCUCUACUCCUUUGGCCUCCAUCUUGUGCAGCAGCCUCAGUUUGGGCAAGCUGCUCAAUGUUGAUUCCUCAACCAACGUUUUUAUCAAGACGGCCAAGUUGGUCAGUGCAGCGGUUUCAGAGACCAAAACAUAGCACAUCCGCAAAAAAAAACUGUUGUUGUUGUUGUUCAGGUAGUCAUAGCAACAGACCUGUUGCACAGAACCCGUGAUCAAACUAGGAAAUAUGUUUUUGUCUUGUCGUUGAAGAGGGAAGAAAAACUGAAUAUGAAUUAUGAUUGCACUCGUCUACAGCCACAAUGUUGGGGUGCUACUAUUUUUAUCUGCAGUCCUCACGUCAUAUGAGGGGCAGCUGAAAGCCACAAGGGGGCAAUGUUCUGAGCAGGACUGUAAAGAUAUAGCGUUAGUUGGACCACAUACGUGUGGAUCACAUAUCUAAUUCCUGUGUGGGUUUAACCACGCACUUGAUGCAGAUACAGAAGUUAGUAGAAGAGCUGAGGCUGUGGUUUGUGACCAGAGUGUAUCAACAUGGGCCUCGCACGAGGGGAAGACAACUGAAAUGGGUUUCUCUGUGCAUAAUUUAUUGGCUUAAAUGUUACAGAACAAACAACUGACACUCAUUUUAUUGUUGAAAUGUAGGUUGUAGUCUAUAGCUUUUUGUAUUUGAAAUGGGGCUGGGUACCCCUCUAUAAAAUGCUUAAUUUUAAGGAGAUUGCUUCGGUCGACGAUGAAUAGCACACACUUUUCCUGGGCAUCGGAGCAUGUCCGCUGAAAAAAAGUGAAUCCAUUACUAUUUAUUACCUGAAGUCUGCAAUCAGACGGUAUAUUAUCUGUUGCAUGAUUUCUGUUGGCUGGGGACAAAUAGGCACAAAGUAAAUCUGAGCAGGCAGGAUAAGGCUUUACUGACAUGAUGGUGUCUGGUGUGACACAAAAGAUGUGUCAGUGCGUGUCACUUCAUGCCCCCCCCCCCCUCCUCCAUACACACCACCACCAUUUUCUCCUCUACCCAUCAUGCUAGGUCCUUUCUAGUGUCCUUUCCUCCAUUUGGUAGUGUAGAAUCUCCAAAGAAUCCAAAAUAGAAUGUAAGGGGAGGGGCAGCAAUUUGCAUGAUGGUCCCAAAUCAGGCUCUAGCUAAAAACAAAUAUGCACAAGAUUGAACCCCUAAUAUCAUGAAAAGUCUUGCACAUAUGACUGUAGUGUACUGUAUAGUGUUUCUCAUAUUUAAUCAUUCCGGUAUGAGGCAGUAAUUUGCUGGCCUACAGAGCAGGUGGAAAUGUGAGUCCCAGUGAAAUUAUGGUUAACAAACUUUUGUUUUAAAAAAAACACCAACUAAAAUGAAUGAAAUUCCUCCCCAGUCAUGUACAACCCCAGGGUCAAGUGUCAGACUGUUGUCUUCCUUUUUUUCUUUUUGAGCAGAGAAGAGAAUGGUUGGUUAAUUAAUGUGUUGGCAUAGUUCUGCGUUCUAUUAGGCAAAUUCCAGUAAUUUUGUGUGUAUAGUUUUAAAGGAUUUUCUGGGGUGUUCCGUGUGGAAUAAAAGUUGUACUCUGCUGUGUACAGUUACAUUUUUUUUAAUUAUGAAAUUGUACUUGUUUCUAUUUUUUGUGUGAUGGUUUAAAAAAGAACAAAAUUAUUUUAAAAAAUGUAAAGGAAAAUCUUAGUAUUUUUUUAGUUUUCUUUUUUUUUUUUUGGUCUUAAAAUAUGGAGGAGACAGGAUUUUAUUGUUGAAAUAAAACCAUGGACUGCUGAUGUAA